UACCUGUACCACUACAGUACCACUGUGGAGACGACCUUUGUGGGGACUACGGCCUCCAAAUCCGCUUUCAGACUAGACUGUGAGGUAGUGGUGGAAGCGAGGAGGAAGUGUGAGGCUUACCUGAACGUCACGUCGUGUUCACUAUACCACAGACAACCAGGGGAAGGCGACGUCUAUAUCAAAGAUACAACUUUAUCAGCAGACGUAACACAUCUCCUGAGCAGGGAGAUGUACUUUCAGUUUGACAGCGGCACUAUUCGCCCUCACACCAUCGUCGUGGAUAGCGAGGAGACAAACGAUGCUCUUAACAUUAAGCGUGGGAUUUUGUCAGCGCUUCAGAUCAAAAUCAUGGCAGGAGAACCCGGAGAUCAGGAUCACACCAUGGAAAACGUGGACGUGUUAGGUACCUGCCCUACCGAGUACGAAGUGGAGAGUCCGGGCAAGGUAUUAACCUUCAGAGACAUCACCAGGUGUCAAAUUCCGCACUACAGUUAUCGUCAGCACAACCUGUUCUCCAUGAUCAAGAAGGUGUAUGGUGGCUUUCUGAACAGUCCUAUUGAUGAGCUAAUUUAUCCAUUCAACUCAACAGUAAAAUGUGAGCACACUUUAGAAGAUAAAAACAGACUUGAAGAAACAAAAUGUCUUCAGCAACAAGUGUUUCGUCCUUUUGCACGUGAGGGAACUAUAGUUGCAACAUGCAUGGCCAAUAUAAGUCAACAUCUGGUCCUACAAGAAACAAGAGAUCUUCUCGAAAGCAAUGUUAACCGUAAAAUGAGAGGAAAGAAAUCAGGCAGCCUUGGGUACGAGUUUGAUGAUCUAGGAGAGAACAUUCUGGUGACUAAAGAUGAUAUCAGUCACUGGCUGCAUAAACUCACAAUUUACGACGGCGCCAUGGAAACAACCCCUAAGUUAUUCCAUGAAUUCCUGUGGUUACUCCGACAAGCGCAGACCAACGACAUUUUGGAGGUUUUGGCAGAUGUAUGGAAUUGUCAUGGAAACCAAGGAAACUACUGCAAUAAAAAGUUACAAACACUGGAGCAGGACUACCUUCACGAUGGUCUUCUAGCUUGCGGGACGGACGCAUGCAUCAGUGCAUUCACACAGGACAUGAGAGCAGGGCAUGUCAGGAGGUGGCUAGAGUAUAUGUUUGUAUACGAUAUCGCCCUAUACCAUGAAUCGUCACCAGAAGUUGCUAGCACCAUGCUGGAAAUGUGCAUAGAAAGGAGCAGAGAAAGUUGUUGGUUUCCCCUGAGUAUCUUGAUCAACAAAAUUGCGACUGCUGGUAGAAUAGCAAUAGAUCUGGAAUCUGGACCGGUGUAUCGGACUCUCCAUCACGUCCGUGAGACAAUGGGGGAUACGUGUCACAAUGGGAUUUCAUCGACCUUAACCCCUCCUGAGAAACAGAAUGCUAUUGAUGAACUUCUUCAGAUGAUAAAAGUUCUUGGUAAUAUAGGUGCGCCGGUCCAGUACGUGUACGACAGUAGGUACGCGGGGAUGGAUGGACAACCCGAGGACCGGAGGCUAGUCAAGGCCUUGUUACAAUGUGCUCACAAUAUCGACCUACCUCACAAGGUCGCAAAGUCAGCUAUAUUGGCAUUGCAUAAAAUGGCCCUCACCCUUGAGAUGAAGGACGCUCUUGUUGUUAUUUUCGCCGAUGUGAAUCGUCCGCCCUCACUACGCUCAGCAAUAUUUGCACGGCUUGUUAUGCAGCCCGAUCGUGACUUAGCCGCGGAACUCAACGAACUCAUACACGCUGAGAAGAUGAAAUCCAUGAAGCACUAUAUGGUGACUUACAUAAAGAGUCUACAACAGAACGACCAGCCGGACCUUAAACCCUUACGAAGUAUCUGGGAGGAGCUAAUAAACGCAGACUCCAGGAAAUUCCCUUACGUUAGACACAGAUUCGGAACGCACAAAUACGUCGAGAUGUCUCGUUAUAUCAAGUUCCCUCUCCAGAUAGAUUACUAUGGCUUUCAGAUAGAACUGGACACAGUGUACAACCUCCGAAGUCCUGUUGUCAACGCCGUCGUUCUCCGGGUGAACUACUUCGCCGGCCACAAGGUCAAUCUCCUGGAGUUCGCAAUGGACAUAGAUGAUUUCCACGUUAUUUGGGAUAGCCUCCAGCAUUUUAUUUUACUGAGACCUCAUGCCAUAUUCGGGUUCCGACGGGACUAUUCAGUGUUCGCUACGUUACAGAAAAAUAUAAAGGCAGCCAUUUUGGAAUUAUUUGAUAAGAUAAAUCUAUCACAAGAGAACGUUCCUGAUGGCACCAUCCAUUUGAAGGUAUUGGGUCAAGAGAUAUUUUAUCUAGAGGUUCGCGAUUUGAUGACUAUAUUUAUGAACAACCCACAACAUCCCAUCUAUAACUUUGAUAUGGGGAGACUGCAGGUGAUACUGGAGCAGCUGCCAUUGUAUCGGACCAGUUCUACGUCACUGGUGGACAUUGUAAAUAUACUGCCCAGUGUUGGAGGAUUUCCAAUAAACAUGACUGUCUCUGUAGCGAUGAGUAUGGGCCUGGAGUUUGAUGCCAGACUGACUAUGCCAGACAUUAUUGACUUAAACACAGAUGUCCAGUUGGAUGCAUCCCUUAAAACUCAUACUGCUGUGCAUUUUAAUGGGGAACUUGUAACGAGAUUUGGGCAACACAGUCUUUCUGGUGCUAGAGGCAGUUCGGCAGGAAUAAUACAGAUGUCGGUCUCUCCAUCUUUACGCAUUAACACUCAGCCUGAACAACCUAGGAUUGUGGACUUCUCUUUGAGUCAAACCAACACGGACGCCAAAUACACUAUAGCAAAUCUGAGUGGACAUAUGUACCUGACACAUUCAUCCGGGGAGGAGGAGAUUGAAGGAGACCCGGAAUUUCAGACCACGGUGCAGGAUUGUGACAGAGGGCUGGUGUCUUUGAUAACGGGAAACCAAGUGUGCUUCACCAGUGUGUAUCCCAACACGACAUCCUCGACGAGACACGCUUACUUCCCCUUAUCCGGACCGUUUCACUACAGCCUGGAUACACGUAAAGUUGAAACGGAAACUCUCCGUCUGUCCGUUGUGCGCAUUCGAGGGGACAGUGAGCACAUUUGGAUCAACCUGACAAGAGAAGGGCAGGAGAACACUAUUGGCCUGAACCUGCACUCCUACAGUAAAAAAAAGCGUUUGAGUCUGUUAGAACUGAUGAUACCCGAUGCCCAGAUACACUUGUAUGCUAAUUAUGACUAUACAUAUUCCUACGGCGUGAUUUCUACAAGAUACAGCGUUGACGACGUACAUCUGACUGUUGCUGGCAAAACUUUGAACAGAUUCCUUGUAAAGAAACGAACUGAAAAUAGGGAGGGGACGAGGUCUGUAAGAACAGAGCGAGACAUAGAGGAAGUAAUCCUGGCUAUUCCCGGUGCGAGUCUGGCUGUGACGGUAAAUAGCUUCAGAAACAAGUUCAGGGGACACUACAACACAGUCGUUAAUAUGACAUAUUAUUGUGUUAAAGCUCGUCCCCUGUUGUAUCUCCUUCACUGGAAUCCUACUCUAGCCGGGCAGAAUGGAGACGUGACCGUCGGUGAGUUGGUUGAUGAUGCGAUUAUCGGAUACAACAGAGAUUACAGUAUAUGGACAGUCAAAGACUACAUGCAGCUCAAACUUCCAGGUCUGAAGAUCAGUCUGGAUAAUAAAAUGGAAGCAAAUAAGACCCAUGCAAAUCGCCACACAGUUAUCGUUUACACAGGGAUCAACGGUCAGGAGUACACAGUGACAAUGAAUGCCCACGUGAUAAACGCCACUAACGCCACCUACAAUACCUAUGACUACUACAUGAUGCUUUCCCACAGUGGAAUGCCCUUCGAUCUGUCUCUCCGAGGUCAUCUGAAAGGCAUUAGUGAUAACCUUAACCUAGUGACAGACAUACAACCAGUUUCAAAGUCAGUGCAGGUACCUUCUCCAGUCGGGGAUGGGAACGAAGAGAGUCCAGAGCAGAAACCGUGUGUGGAGGCACUGGGGAGGACAUUGGUGACGUUUAAUGUUGAAAACGUAGCAGUGACCGAUGGGAUUGAGAUGAGGUGGGACUACAACUAUAGCAGACAAGUGUGUGGGGGACAGGACCAAUACCUUAUAUCUGGAUUGUACGGACGUCAGGCUGUAAACUCUCGCUGGAAAUUUCACUACUGGGCGACUGCAGACGUGACUGCCACUAAGUCGCGUGAUGCUGUUGGUCAGCAGGAGGCAGUGGUCAUGUCCAAGUCACACAGAGGCAACUUCCAUGCUCACAUGAGACACUUCCCGGUUCAUUUUUUGCUGGACUAUAGCAGUCAGUUAGUGAACACUUCUUAUAUCCUGCGUGUCACUGAAAACCCUAGAAGCAACAUAACCGUCCUUCUGCAAAGCCAGUUGCAGACACCGUGGCCAGUGGUCAAUUUCAACAUUAAACACACUUACGUUUGGACGGGCCAUCUGAUGCACACAACGGAAGUGACGUCUGCAUGGCUGGAUGUCGACACAGUAAUCCACUAUAACAUCUCGUGGUUUGACGUCCUCAGUGCAGAAAUGCACAGCUACCUGAACUCGCGGCUGCCAUGGUUACCAGGAAGAACAAAUGUAACCGGUCGAUAUGAAAAGACAGAUGGCAUUUUGCCUCAACUAUUGUUGGUUUUAGAGAGAUCAGACGGCAUAAUAGAACUAAAGGCUGACAUGGUCAACACAACUUUCAACAUUAUCACUUUAACAUUCCGAAAGUCAGGCGAGGAGGCCAUGCAUUUACUGACGUGGCAAAUGGCACUGAGUAGCAUGCGUGCCAUUACGCACACAUUGAGUUGGAAUCCCGAUCUGGUCCAAGUCGUCAGGAAAGACAGUUUCGGCCGGCUUAGUUGGUUGCAGUUGGCUCUCGUAGAUGUGGGGGAGGUCGCCCUGGCUAACGCAAAUAAACCUGCCUUGCUUAUGUUGAUUCCCUUCACGGACAUGACACUAGGUGUUUUCCUAGAAACCUAUUUAUAUCCAUGCUUGCGAUUUCCUGUGACCAACAGUGGUCCUGGAUCCUCAAGUAUCGGGGAAAACUCUCAAAGCACGCAAGAGGCGACGGAAAUAGAAGUGGCUGGUGAUUCGGAAACAACUCCUCCACAUAAAACUAAUUUUGGAGACUUGCUUGCAAAAUCAUUAGCUAGAACCGUGGGGUCGAGCCUUACAGUCUUUGUUGGGAUCAGUACCCGCCCCCCAUGGAUUGUGAGGCGUCUUAUGGACAUCCUGAUACGCCCUGCAGUAGAGAAGUUAUUGGCUGAAUCUCGUAUCUCCUUCACAGCUCCUCUCCUUGGCCAAUGGCAUUCAUUUGUAUCACCACCAAGACAGACCUAUGGAUUUCGCUACCUUGAGGGAGUAUAUGGUCGCUUAACCAAGGGAAUCCACAAUAACAUCGGAACCUUCCGUGGCUUCGUCAUCAACAGACAGUACUUGGUCACAUACAAUGAUCGAGUAUACCACAUACCAGAUGACCAGGCCGCCGAUUGUGUCCACUUGCUGGCCGGAGACUUUAAGCGCGAGAAGUUUGCGGUACUGCUAUCACGCCAGGGCAUCACCGUGGCCACCAGCGAAAUGUCGGUGACGUUGGAGUAUGGUGGAAACGUCUUCCGCGACAACUGUCCUCGUCCCGUGUGA